AUGGCGAGCAAAUAUUCCCAGACAAAUGUUGGUGUUUUCUUAGCUCUUUUGAUAAUAACAUUGCCUUCCAUAGUUCUCGGAGACGACGACCCGUGCGCCGCCCUGGAAGAAGAACACAACAAGAGUUUAGCCCUUAAAUACAAAUACGGCGCCAUAGCUUCGAUUUUUCUGGCUAGUUUGGUCGGCGUUUGUAUUCCGGUGUUAGGGAGGAAGAUCCCUUCCCUGAGUCCGGAGAGCAAUGUUUUCUUCGUCGUCAAAGCUUUCGCGGCGGGUGUGAUCUUAGCCACCGGAUUUAUCCAUGUUCUUCCCGAUGCCUUCGAGAGUUUGACUUCUCCGUGUCUUCCGGAGAAUCCGUGGGGGAAUUUCCCGUUCACCGGGUUUGUGGCGAUGGUGGCGACGAUCGGGACGCUCAUGGUGGAUGUGUACGCCACGAGUCAUUACCGGAGAAAGUCUUCCGGCGAGAAGGGGAAUCCGGCGGUGGCUGAUGACGGUGGUGGUGGUGAAGUUCUUCCGCUUCAUACGCACGCAACUCAUGGCCAUGCACAUGGCUCUGUUCCAUCUGAUUCUUCUCUCACCACCCAACUUCGGUACCGUGUUAUAUCACAGGUUUUGGAAUUGGGAAUUAUAGUGCAUUCAGUCAUCAUUGGCAUUGCAUUAGGCGCAAAUAAUAGCCCAAAAACAAUAAAGCCUCUACUGGCAGCGUUGACGUUUCAUCAGUUUUUCGAGGGUCUUGGAUUGGGUGGAUGUAUCACUCAGGCAAAAUUCAAAGCACAAGCAAUUACUGUGAUGGCACUAUUUUUCUCCCUAACUACGCCAGUUGGGAUUGCAAUUGGAAUCGGUAUAGCUAAUGUGUACGACGAUAAUAGCCCUAAUGCUUUGAUUGUGGAAGGCAUUUUCAACGCAGCAUCAUCUGGAAUCUUGAUUUAUAUGGCAUUGGUGGACCUUCUUUCAGCUGAUUUCAUGAAUCCAAAGUUGCAAAAUAGUGGGAAACUUCUCAUGGGAUGCAAUAUUUCCCUUCUUUUUGGUGCUGGUUGUAUGUCUCUUUUGGCUAAAUGGGCUUGAUUUUUUAAAUUAGUUUAUUUUGUUGGUUAGUGAUUAUUCUUGAGGAG